AGGGUUCUCUCUCACUCUUUUCUCCUCAGAACGCCGCCACUUCUAUUUUGUUUCCUCCUUUUCAGAACAUUUUAGCUCUCCUUCAUUCUCUUUUCUAUUUCUCUGAAAAUUUUCAUUUUUCUCCUCUGAUCUCCUCUCUCUUCUCUCCACCAGCCCUUGAUCAAACCCUGUAAACGAAAGACCGCCGUCUUUGUCUUGCUUUUCUGGUUGCAAUUGGAGAACUAAUGUGGUUUUUUUUUUAUUUCUUGCCUUUUAUUUUCCGGUCUAAGAUAGAACCAAAAGUGAAGCAUUGACUGCUGCUUCCUCUCUAUUGUUUCAGGGUUUACUUCCCUGGCAGGAAAAGCUGCAGCGAAAUCUGUGGUGAAGUCAGUUGGCGAGAGAGAGGGGAGGAGGGGGAGGAAGGUUCGAUCCACUAAACUUGAAAAGGUUGUUGCAGUUAAGCAAUUGGAUAGAAAUGGGCUUUAGGGGACCAGAGGCUACUUGUCUAUUAGUUCAUGCCCUUGGGAUCACUGGAAGAUCAUCUUCAUGAUCUUCCACCUGAUAAAGAAUCAUUAGAUUGGAAUACAAGAAUGAAGAUAGCAGCAAGUUUGGCUAUAGGUUUGGAGUAUGUAUCUUCAUGAUAAGACAAAUCCUCGUGUCAUUCCUGGAACUUAUAACUGGACAGCUGAGACUUAUGAGUUUGUUUCAUGAGGAAGAAUUACUUGGAUUAGUCAUGUGGUUGGGGUUUGUUGAAGGGAAAUUGCUAAUGAAGAUUGCUCACAUUCAUGAGAAGAUUAGUCGCUUUACUCAACUGGAACAUAUGGAUAAGUGGGAGAAGGAGAUUCAAGAACUACGGUUGCUUGGUGCAUCAAAUGAGAAGGCUAAUGCUAUUUUUCACAAUGCUGGAUAUCUACUUCAGAAUGUUCCUGAUCAAUCUUGGAGAACUUGUGAAAUUUGUGGUGCCCCUGCGAUGAACAUUGCUGGAGAACAAGCAAUUGAGGUGAACAAUGGCACUGGUAUAGCUACUGCAGCAUCAACAGCACCUAUGGUCUUCUCUGACACCCGAAGUUACUGCCAUGGUCGUCGUGUCAUGAAUUUUCUUCUUGGGUGCAUGGUUUUUGCCUUUAUAAUCUCAUGGUUUUUUCACUUUAAAAUACUGCCAUGAAUCCAGAAGAGGAGCAGCAUCUGGAUUAGAGCACAAGGAGAUCUUCGCAUGUGUGUAAUAGAAAUAGGCAGUAUAGUUUGCAACAAUAGAAGAUUUUAAAUUGUUUGCUACUGGGAUUUUAUUUAUAGUGUGUAAAUUAUGCCGAGGACUCGGUACCAUUUCUUGCUAAUUGUUAGAUUAUAUGCGAGAGAUGAAAUGAUUUGAGGUGUUGUCGUGGUGAUUGAUGACUUCUUCCUCAUUUGGCCACGCACUCCCUGGUGGUAUGGUAGCCUGCCUUUUUUUCUUUGGUCAAACGUCAAUGUGGCAGUAACCUCUUAUCUUA